AUGAAGCAUGUGAAGCCCUUGCAGUUGUUUCAUAAAUUGGUGAAAACAACACAGAAUGAACGUGGAAGGUUGAUGGGUUUAGAUGUUGGUGAUAAAUAUGUUGGUCUUGCUCUUUCUGACUUUGAUAACAAAAUUGCUUCACCUUUCAGUGUUUUCGUCAGGAAGAAGUCAAAUGUUAAAUUAAUGGCUUCUGAUUUUAAGAGUCUGAUCUCUAAAUAUUCCUUGAAAGGCUUUGUUAUUGGCCUCCCUUUUGACAGAAAUCUGGUGUCUUCUGAUGCUGUGCAAAUGAAGGUCUUCAUUGAUGACCUCCGCAGAACAAAAAUGCUUGAAGACGUAGACUACACAUUCUGGAAUGAGUGCUUCACGUCAAAGAAUGUAGAAUUAUUGUUAAAGCCUUUGAACUUGAAACAUCCAGUGCAUUCCAAAACUAUGCUAGACAAGUUUGCUGCUGUAGGAAUACUUCAAGGAUACCUGGACUAUGUCAACAGAAAAGCAAAGCUGAUAACACCAGAGUAG